AUGUCUACCACGAAACAGUACGAGUUCAUUAUCGCCACGCGCCCCGACCCCGCCGUCGGCCUCAUCACCUUCAACCGCCCCAAGGCCCUCAACGCCCUCAGCUCCCCGCUCUUCGCAGAGCUCAACGAGGCCCUCGCAGAGCUCGAUGCGGACGACGACAUUGGCGCCAUCGUGCUCACCGGCUCGGACCGCGCGUUUGCCGCUGGCGCGGACAUCAAGGAGAUGAAGGACAAGCAAUUCUCGGAAACGUACAAGAACAGGUUCCUCGAGAACUGGACGCAGGUCACCAACCUCCGCAAGCCCAUCAUCGCCGCCGUCAGCGGCUACGCGCUCGGCGGCGGCUGCGAGCUCGCGCUCUCGACCGACAUCAUCCUCGCCUCCCCAACCGCGACUUUUGGCCAGCCCGAGAUCAACCUCGGCACGAUCCCCGGCGGCGGCGGCACGCAGCGGCUCGCGCACGCCGUCGGCAAGGCGCGCGCGAUGGAGCUCGUCCUCAGCGGCCGCACGUUCUCCGCCGCCGAGGCCGAGCGCUGGGGCGUCGUCAGCCGCGUCGUCGGCGAGGGCGAGGGCGAGGUCGUCCGCGAGGCCGUCGCGCUCGGGAAGGUCAUCGCGAGCAAGGGCAGGAUCGCGGUGCAGGCCGCGAAGGAGGCGGUCAACGCCGCGUUCGAGCAGAACUUGGCCGAGGGCCUGCGCACCGAGCGCCGGCUGUUCCACAUGACGUUCGCCACGAACGACCAGAAGGAAGGCAUGGCCGCGUUCGCCGAGAAGCGCAAGCCCAACUUCACCCACUCCUGA